AAAAUCUGUUUAGACGUUGAUCGACACUGGUGAAGAACAAACACAAUUUUUGGUACACGUAUAACCAAAAUGAAAAUUAUUUUUCUGGCCCUGUUAUUGGCGGUUGCUGAUUGCAUAACUGAAACAGGAGGGACAUCUCAACGGCUUGUCUGUUACCUCAAUGUCCAAGCAACUAAUCGCACAGGUGAGGGCGCGUUUAGUUUAGACAAUAUCGAUCCUUAUCUGUGCACUCAUCUCAUCUACGCAUUUACUUCCGACAUCGCGUUAAACAGCACCUCCUUCGGCCCCACCCAAAUACCUUACGACAAAUUGCUGGCACCCAGAGUCAAGAAUCCCAAACUCAAAAUCAUGGCCAGCAUUAAGUCUGAAGAUUUAAAAUGGGACAGUUCAACGGGAAUCGAAAACAAGGUGAACAAGACAGUCGACUAUCUGAAAAAGUAUCGUUUCGAUGGGCUGGAUAUCUACUGGAACAUGAGUUCCGGCAAUUAUCCAAUCGUCAAUUUCUUCACGGCAAUGAGAAACGCAUUUGACAGACACAAUUUGAUCUUCAGCCUGGCAGUUUUCACCGAGACGAAUAAUGAUGUCAUGUAUUUUAUGGAUUUCGUCAACACGGUGGAUUUCAUCAGUGUUCUGGCCUACGAUCUCUGGAGAUCCACCCAAGCUUUCUGGGAGGCUAAUCAUCCAGCUCCGUUGUACAGCAACAGUAGUGACGGAAGAACUAUCGACUCGUUGAUCCUUUACUGGCUGGAGCACGACACUCCGGCUGCUAAAUUGAAUCUGGGCAUUCCUUUGUACGGCAGCAGCUGGACCAUUCCAGCUGAUGGCAAAACGGAACCACCUGCAUCGGCGACAUGGGGUCCGCUCAACAAACACGUCAAUCUAAUCGGCCAAACGCCCUACUACGAUAUUUGCUCCAGCGUCAAAUCAAGUGGCUGGAAAGUCUUCGAAGAAAAGAGCAAUUCCACCGGGCCGUACGCUAUUUCGCCCGCUGAUCCUUCGGGAUCUCGAGUUUGGGUGGGUUACGACGAUGUCCACAUGGUCACGGUAAAGAGCCAAUACAUCCGCUACGUCAGAGGUCUGGGCGGGGCGACAGUGUGGGACCUGAGUCAGGACGAUUUCCGUAACGUUUGCGGCGAGGGAUCUUAUCAGCUCACGGCGGCCAUCUCCCGAACGCUAGGGAUACCUCGUGCAAAGUCGUCAGCCUCUGAAAGCAAACAGUUGAGCCUAUCAAACGUGAUAUUCUUGAUUUUCAUUUCUGGACUUUUAAGUUGCCGUUAAUGAGAGAUUCGCUAUUAUUCUGGACCGGGAAGUUGAUGAGCUCUUUACAAGUGCUGAUUGACUCUUUUCUCAAAUAAAAAUGAGUUUCUGUUUAAUUCGACAAGCCUGCAGAAGUGUUUCUUGCUUAUCUCAUACAUUUAUGUCAUGAAAUAAAUAUCUUUUAAAGUAUAAA